AUGUUACGCUUGUUCAAGACGACUGGGUUUACCAAAAGAGCAGCUCAGUCUGGUUUGGUGGGCGAGAAACAGUUCGGGAUGCCUUUGGUUUUUUUGAGGAGCAAUACACCAAAAUCAUCCUUAUUUUCUGGUUAUACCAAUGAUCAUCAUUCCUUAUUUCAUCAAAGUUAUGCUUGCAAUCAUUCCGGGAAUUAUUCGAGAUCCAUUAAAAGUAGUGGAGAAAAGAUAUCAUCACGAGCUCGGAAAAAGCAUUCAGAACUAACUUGUAUUCAUGAUGAACAUCAACACAUCACCACAACGAAAAAGUCUAAAAUCAUUGAAUCAGGCAACACUCUCACUCAACCACAUGUUCGUAAAACAAGUCCUCGUAAAACAAAAUCAUCUGAAAAUGUGCAAGAAGAGAUUGUUUUCAAAAUGAAUGACAAACAAAUUUUAUCAUUGAAUGAUGAACAAAAGAAAGUAGUUUUUGAGAGUGUUGACAAAAACGUGUUGGUAUUAGCUUGCGCUGGAAGUGGAAAAACAACCACGAUUCUAUGCCGAAUUUUGUACCUGGUGAAAGCACAUCAUGUGAAGGAAGAAGAAAUUAUGUUAACCACUUUUACGCGACAGGCAGCACAUGAAAUGAAAAAGCGUUUGAUAAAACUAUUGGGAAAGAGAAAAACGAACGUUGAAGUUGGAACCAUUGAUAGCAUAUCGAACAAGUAUUUACAGCAAUUUGGUAGCUAUGAUUAUGUAGUGGAUUCGAACACUCUAUUGAGCGUCAAAGAAAUUGGAUAUCGAUUCAGAAAUAUAUUAAUCAAUAAUCCCGAAGUUGCUGAUCAGAUUUGCUCGAAAAUCAAAUAUCUAUUUGUUGAUGAAUUUCAGGACCUGGAUGAUAUUCAAAUGGAUAUAUUUUCAGAAUUUUACAAGCGAGGAACAAAAAUUAUUGCCGUUGGUGAUGAUUCUCAAAACAUUUAUUCAUGGAGAGGUAGUAACAUGUUCCACAUUUUGAAUUUUCACAAGAAUUUUGGGAACACUGUCGUCCACAAUUUAGUCACCAAUUUUAGAAGCACAAAAGAAAUUGUUAAUUUGGCCAAUGCAUCACUUGCAUGUAAUAAGGAAAACAUUCCAAAAGAUAUGUUUUCAACCAGAGGCAGUAGUGGCAACUUGCCAACCAUUCGAUGUUGUGCAAGAGAACAAACCAAUUACUUAUUAGAAUCUAUCAAAGGACAUAUCAUACAAGGAGUUCCACUAGAUCAAAUUGCAAUUUUAUGCCAUUCUAAUUUUGGACUCUAUGAUAUCGAAUCUGAACUUGCCAAGCAUCACAUUCCACACGUCCUUCUCAUGGACAAUAUGAAAAAAGAUUCUCGACGAAUGCCUUCCUUGGCAAAAAAGGUCUGUCUCACUACCAUACACAAGGCCAAAGGAUUGGAAUGGGAAAUUGUCUAUAUCAUUAAUGCAACAGACAAGUAUUGGAAAGAAUCAAAUGAUGAAGCAGAGUUACGACGAUUAUUCUAUGUGGCCAUCACAAGAGCAAAAACACAUUUAUAUUUCACAUUUCCUGACCAUACUGGAGGUACUAAUGAACACACAACACCCACUUACCUUAGGUACUUGAGAGAAUUGAACACUUCUCUCUAUGUAACGGAAAACAUUAACCCACUUCAUGCAAGAAGUGACGUUCACAUUGAUCGACAUUUGGGCACUAAAAAUCCAUACGCAGUUACAGAGAUGAUUUGUGGGAUCAAUGGUGCCUUCAUUGACACUCUUCGGCAAAAGGGUUACCUGCCUUCACUACAAUUCAAACAACAACAACUCGUCACGACAAAAUUUUCUUAUUGCCAGGUAGUUCACUAUAAUCAAUUGUAUCCUGAUUUUGGAACUUUUUUAGAUACACUAAUUUGUAGAAUGGUAGCAGAACAAUAUCCAAGAUCUGGUGGAUUCUCGAGCAAAUACUUUGAACUUGCCACUAAUUAUGUUAGUCUCUCGACAGCCGAGUACCAAAUCUACUCUAAAUAUUUUUCCACUCUCAAUACCUUACUGCAAGAACAUGGUCAUUUACAAAACAUAUUCAAACAUGUCGAACAAAAUGAUGAAGCAAUAAUGAGGUCUGUGGUCUUCAAACUUGAAGCAAAGUCAAAAGAGCUCAAAAUUGGAUCCAUGGAAGAAUUACCUGUGUUUGUGUAUAAUGCACUACCUAAAGAGUUUGAACAACACAUGUUUCAAAAUUACAAAAUCUUCAAAGAUGAAUCAAAAAGUUCAUUUAAAAUUUUAAAUUGCAUUUGGGAAAUUAGCAAAUGUGAGGCCAUUGUUAAAGAGGGAAGAACUCGCUUACUAUAUCUCUCUGCAUUCCCUUUUCAAAAAUAUUUGAUUAAUAUGGAGUCGAUUAUGAAUCAUUCAUAUUCUGAAUUGUUGGAUAAUCUACAACAUGUAUACAUUCCACAUCUCAUGAAUCAAGUCUCUGAGGAAAUUCAAAGUAACGUCAAUUUCUCAAGACUGGACCGAAUUGUUGGAGAAGUGGAUCUAAUCAUUGAUGGACAUACGAUUGUGGAAAUUAAGUGUUCUACAUCCAAAGAAGUGGAUCUAAAUUGGGUCUUGCAAUUACUUUGUUACACUCAUCUCGCUCGACAACAGGGUUAUGAAGUUCAAAAAAUUGCAAUCCUUAAUCCACUCCAAGGUUUAUGGUUCGAGAGUGACAUUUCUUUUUGGAAUGAAGGAGAAGAAUUGUUGAUGGAAUUGAAACAAUUCAGCGAUAAGCUCAGGGGGGACAAGUGUGGAAGAAUUGAGAAUCGUCAUCUCUAA